AUGUUACCCGAUCAGAUGUUCUGGAGUAUGUUUGGCAUGGUACGACAGCAUUUGCUUCCCGUUCGUCGUCCGAAAGUCACAUUUGAAAUCGGUGGGACCAAGAUCGAAUCAGAGAUAAUGCAAGAUUUGAAGAAACGAAUUCUGUUUCAACAACACUUGAAAGUCGUCGAUGUGGCGAAUCUGUGGAGUGCUGAGUUCACGCUGAGCAGUGUUCAACUGUUCCGCGUACACCAGCCGAUCAGUCGAAGUACCGUAGAACACGUAAUCGGAAAAAUAUUCUGUCUCAGUUGA